ACAAAGAAACUUGUUGUAUUUAGCAUUUUACUGAUUAUUUUUGUCAUCUGAUUAAAUUUGACCCAUUUCAAUUGAUUUUUUAGGAACCACCUCUAAGCAAACCCCUGUUUUCAUAUUGAAACACAUUUAUUCAUUCGUCCUUGUAGACCUGUGAUAGAUGUUUUGUAAAGUUUAAAUCAACAUUUUUUUGCCUGUAAAUUUGUGUAAUUUUUCGAUAUGUGUUAGGAAAAUUUAAGAUCAGUGUCAUAUCAGUGACAUGAUUUUAUUAGAAUGCUUUCAGAUUUAAGUUUACUUACAGUGUUAUUUAAACCUACAGUUAUCAUUCAUACUUCUAAGUGGACUCUUUUGAACUGAAAAACCAUGGACUCAGAUUCACCGCCUCGUAAGAAACUGAAACAAGCUCGUUUGCCAUUUCAAAUUCUGAGCCCUAAAGAUACAGUGACAGAGGCUACACCUCCUACUAAUAGAAAGCGCCAACUAAGUGAAGAUUCAAAUGAUGAUGACGUUGUAGUCAAAAUUGGAAAGAAAUCAGAAGAAUACAAAGAGAACAACACUGUUGAGAUUCCUGUGGCUGAGAAUAAUGACAAGGAAUUGGCUCAACCAAUUUCUGAAGAUGUAACUGAAGUCAAUUUGAAAAAUGAAACAACUGAAAUUGUUCAAGAAGAAACUCCUAAUCCGGUCACAAAAGAAUGUGGUGGUGAACAGGGUAACAUUCUUCAAAACAAAAUGAAAUCAACUUUGGCAAAUUUAUUGGGUAAAAAAGUUUUUGAUGUGACCGAGGAUGUAGGAUCAUGUGACUGUGGAUGUGAGGAAGCUGAUUCAGGUGACGAAGCCAUAGAGGAGUACAUGGCACAUUGCAUUAAAAGAAAACUCGGCUCGGAUUCCACUGAGAAGACACCCAAGGAAAAGCCUAAAAGAAAAUCAGGGCACAGGAAAAGCGUGAAUCAGGCCAGCCCUACCAAAGGGAGCCCCUCAGCUAAACAGAAAGGAAGUAGUAAAAAAAGCCAAAACAAAAGUCCUGCCGUCAAAAAAGCAGAUUCUAUAGAGACUGAUGAACCAAAAUCAUCUGACAUUGAAUCAAAGUCAUCUGAAGUUAUGCCAGAGCAAGAGACUGCUAAGACACCCACAAGAAAAGAGUCAUCAGCUAAAAGUUCCAUCCUUUCUCAAAAAACCUAUGACAUGUUUGCCAAAUGGAGAAAAGAACCUAGCAGUUCCUCUAAUAAAAAUGAAUCAACCUCUGAUUCUUCUGAUUUACCAAGCAAAGAGAAGGAAAACUUGGGUGAAGGCAGGGAAGGGGUUGUUCUGGAUGAGGGAAAGAACACUACAGCAUCAAAUGAAAUUAAGGCUAUUUCAAUCUCUAGGAUUGAACUGAAGGGAACUAACCAGUCUAUCAAAGAAGAAUCAAAACCCUCAAUUAUUGAAGGUGGAUCUAAAUGUCUCAAUGAGUUAGAAGUAUCAGAAACUAAUGCAAAGAACAAAACUGUUCCAGAAAUUGUUUUAGAUGAAGGAAGCAAAGAUUGUGAGAGUCCAAUCAAGCAAGUUAGCAACCAAAGUAAAGAAUCACCUGGUCACAAAAAUCAGCCAGGUAGUACUGAAUGUCCAAUUAACAUAGAGUCUGAGAAACCAACUUUCCCUAUCACUCCAACUGGCAUGGGUAAAGCUCCUCAGCGCCGUCUGACUCCAAAGCAGGUUGAGCGUCUAAAGAAACAAGAAGAAAAAGAAAAGCAAAAAUUGGAGCGGGAGAAUGAAAAGAAAAGACUUCAACAAGAGAAAGAUGAGUUGAAGAAGAAAGAGAAGGAGGAGAAAGAGGAACAAAAACGAAAAGAGAAAGAAGAAAAAGAAAAGAAGAAAUUGGCUGAUCUAGAACAAAAAAAUGAGGAAAAGAAAAAAAAAGAGCUUCAGAAAGCUGAAGAGAAACGGAAAAAGAUAGAAGAAAGGAAAAAAGCUGAAGAAGACAAGAAAAAAUCAGAAGAAGAGGAGGAAAGGAAAAAGGCCAAAGCAUCAGCUCUUUUCACAAGUUUCUUUGUACCAAAGUCCUCCAAAGCAGAAAAAGAAGAAGCACUUCCAUCACCAUCUACUGUUCAAAAUUUCAUGCCAUUUGAAAUAAAAGCAGGUAUGAGAAUGGCUCCUAAAGUACGACAUACACUUUCCUGUGCCGAAAAGCAAUGUUUGGAUAAAAUAUUGGAGCAUGAGGUUGAUAUGCCUAAGGAUUCCCUUUAUCUUAAUGCUUUAAAAUCUGGAGGAAUAAUUCCCAAGCUGGCAUCUAAGACAUGGCCUGUCACUGAAGUUAAAGAAGAUGAUGACAUAAGUAUUCUUGAGUCUGAUGACUAUGGAGUGUUAGUAGAAAACACAAAGAAAGUUGAGGUAUUGAGAGCUAAAUUUUUGCAAUUUCAUGAAAAUCAUCGACCAGCAUAUCGUGGAACUUGGAGGAAAAGAAGUAAUUUUGUCACUGGUAGACGUCCUUUUGGUCAAGAAAAGAUUCUUGAUUAUGAAUUUGAUAGUGCAGAUGAAUGGGAGGAAGAGGAACCAGGUGAAUCCUUACAUGGUUCUGAUGAUGAAAAAGAAAAAGAAUCUGAGGAUGAAUAUGAGGUUGAUAACAGCAUCUUUGUGCCACAUGGAUAUUUGAGUGAUGACGAAGGUGAUGGUGAUGAAGAAAGCGAAGAAGUUUUUAGUCCAGAAACACAAAAAGCAAAACUCAAACUUUUGGGCGAAGAGUUUGAAGCACAAAUGAAAAGUAAAACCAGUGCUUUGAAACCAGUCAUAAUUGUACUUACAGCUGCACUUCAAGCAUCCUCAUUAGGCUCUGUUAGGUAUCAAAAGCUUCUUGAACGUCGUGCUGUUUGGCAAGAGGAUGAUGGACCAAUAGUACUUUCUAAAUUGAAAAAUGACAAUGCGGCGUCUGUAGGUCUAGGAGUGUCAACUUCUGAUCCAAACUGUAUGACAUUCAGUUCAGGACCAGGUGCCAAGAAAAAGAUUAUUUCUGAAGAAGCUUUACCUGCUCUUAUCACAUUAGUACAUGGCAAUCAAAAUAAGAGAGUCUUUCUCACCAAUGAAUUCUCUGCUUUCCUGGACAAGUCUCGUUCAGUGAACCUCGAGAAUACUCAAGAGAACCCUAGUGUAAAUACAAAUGCUUUAGAAGAGUGUGACAGACCAUCUACUCCAUCUGUAUGUGCACCAAAUCCUCUAGCAUUGAAAUGGCCAGACUUACCUCGUGCGUCCAGAAUUUCUAUCUCAAACAAAAUUAAAGAACUGGCUGCCUGGGGUCCAUGUCCAGAUGAAGGUCCUUUGCAUAAUCGCCUGUGCUGGUAUGUGGCAGAAGAAACCAGAGCUAAAUAUGGUGUGUCUGACAUAAAACUUCCAAACACUCUUUGGCAUUACACAUUGAAGCCCAAAGUCUUCAAUCACAGUCAAAGCCCAAUCGCUAGUUCCUCAGCUGUAGCGGAUUCUCGCGCUCUCAUUACAAAAUUUACCAAAGUCAUGACUCCAGAAGAGAAGCAGCGUCAGUGGAAACUAAUGGAGAACACAGGAAAUAGUACUCCCUCAUCUUCCAAGUUGACCUCUUCAAAGGGUUCAACUGGUAAAAUUACUGCUUUUACCCAACAAACAAAGACUCCAAGUAGUGCCGAUCCCAAACAAUGUAUGCCAGUAGUUUCUCAACCAGGAAAUGCAAGUGUUACUCCUUCAUCCAGUCAACCACCGGCAAAGAAGAGAGUUCCUCUCUUGGUGUCUGUUCCUAGAGGACAGCAGAUAACUGGUAGUUCCUCUCACUGCAGUUUGCUGUCUAAAUUUGAAGCAUCGACGUCUAGCAAGUCUAUCCCUUCAUCCACAAGUGUUCCUUCAGAUUCUAGCCAAACAACUUCAGGCUCUGACAGUGCCAAACAAAUUUCAUCUCCUUCAUCUAAUAGUACAACUCACUGUACCCCAGAAGACGAAAUUGUCCUUGAUUAGUCAUUAUUCACUGCCAUGUAUAAAACAUAAUUAUCAGGUCAUUGGUGCUUUUUGUGUGAUUAGCCGAUUUUUUAAAAUUUCAUGCUUAUUACAAGUUGUAUAUAUAUGAAUAUUUAUUUUUGUAAGUCUUAUGUAUCUUGUUAAAAAUAGGAAUCUAGUUUUGUUCCCAUUUCUACACUAGCUAUUAUUUAAUUUUAAUACAUGAUGAUUCUAUUAUGAGGUUUGAUUGAAACCUUUUUUUAAAUGAUUUUUGUGUUGUUGUUUUUUUUUGUGCGUGUGUGGAGCCAGUGUAGAUUGGUGAGGCAGAUCUUUUUAUUUGUGACCAGCACUGGUCUUACCAGCUUUCAAAAUUGGCUAGUCACACUAUGAACUUAACUAAGUGAAGUCCUACCCUACUGUUAAACUUUUAAUUCCUAAGGUUGUUAAUUACUUUCAACACUUUUAGAUAUGUUUUGUAGUACCUUAUUAUGUGUGCAAUGGGGAAUAGGAUCUUGUGAAUCACUUAAUAUCUAUCUGUUUUCCUAAUGUAAAUACUUCACAUGUCCAUUAUCACACCUUUUCUCUUGUUAAACAAUGCUUGACAACUAUUUUCAGGAAUGACUGUCAAUGUUCCAUUUGCUAAUGAUCUGGUGUUAAUCCUUUUUGUUUCCAAAGGGAAACUUUACAAUUACUUCGUGUAUUUUUGUACAAUCUUUUUUGGAUCUUCAUGUGUACAAAACAUAGAAAAUAAAUUUUAUAAUAUUUCAA